CCUGCAGUAUCCAUGGCUACGUCGUCCGCGAGGAUUUCCCGCGAAAGACCGGAAGCGUGAUCGCACGGCGAGGCUUGUGCGGCCCCGUCGCUAGUCACGGCGGAGGAGCAACGAGCAGCGGACGGCGAGGCAGCGCGGAGCAGCAGCGGCAACAGCAGCGAGGGUGCCGUCGAGAACGGCACCCGGGUAGUUCGCCGAUCGUUCGUCGCGUCUUGUCCCGCGAUCAUGCCAGGGAUAAGCUGAUGACUUUCGACGCCUGCAAUGAUGUGACAAUAAAGAUACCUCCUUCUACUCUCUGAUAACUCGGGGAUCGUCCCUAUUACACACAGUGCUUCCCAAAUAAUACACACGAUCCGAGAAUCACGCGCAAAAAAAAGCAAACGCCAAACCGCCGGCCGUCGUCGGCGUCGUGGAAAUCGGUGCCAAAAGUCGACACAGAUAAGCUAUAAGAGAUCAUCCUGCAAAAGUGUGUCAAAGAGGAAUCGAAGGGGGUGAAACCGAAAGAGAUAGCAAAAGAGAGAGAGAGAGAGAGAGAGAGACAGAGAGAAAGAGAAAAAUAUAUAGACGUAGCGAGGAGAUUCUGAGAAAGACGGGCGGACAUACGUGCGGUCAGAAGUGUGUUAAGGCGUGUCGAGCCGGAAACACGAACGGGCAUCACGAGAGAGCAGGGUGGUGGUGGUGGUGACGCAGGGCGGUGGUGGGUGGUGGUGGCGGGACAGGCAGGUGGCGGGAUCUAAGCCGGAAUAAGAGCAGUUAGAAUGGGCAACAAGCUCUCCUGCAGUUGCGCGCCCCUAAUCAGAUCAUCAAAGACGUAUCGCUACGAGGACAGCCCAUGGCAGGCUGGCGCCAGGGCCGGGAUGGGCGGCGGCGCCGGACGCAGGGGUGACACUGGCCACUUGCUCAGGUGCGGAAGCUUAAGAGAGAGGAAGAGGCUGUGGGCCGAAGUGUUCCAUGUAAACUCGAGCGGGGCCGGAACCGUCAAGUGGCAGCAGGUGUCCGAGGAUCUCGUCCCGGUGAACAUCACCUGCAUUCAGGACUCGCCGGAGUGCGUCUUCCACAUCACCGCGUACAACAGCCAGGUCGAUAAGAUCCUAGACGUGCGGUUGGUCCAGCCAGGUACGCGCAUCGGCCAGGCGUCGGAGUGCUUCGUUUACUGGAAGGACACGGUGACAAAUGAUACGUGGGGGCUUAACUUCACGUCUCCCAUAGACGCAAAGCAAUUCAGAGAAUGCUGCUCACCGUCGUUCAAGAUUUCAAGGAAAGCGUCCUCUUCUUACUCGUUGAAGCUCGAGCCGCCGAACAAGCAGAAGAUCAAAACACGCCGAAAGCCAGUGUCGACGCCGGCCUCACCCAGCCGAUCCAGAGAGCCUCAGUGCACCUGCAUGGCGCCGGAACAGUACGCCAGACUGCGUAGCCAAGACCCCAGAUACCGAAGUCCGUGCGGGCCGUCUACGCUUCCACGGACCAUGGCGCGGUCAACGGAAAUGGAAAUGCCAGGACGAGACAAGAUAACAGCGGCCACAUCCAGCGCAUCUCUCUACGACAACGUUAACAAUCCUAGUGCGACACCCGGGAAGACACCAAAGGCCGGCGACUUGGCCAAACAGAAGGAGAAGCAGAACGAGACGUGCCAGACGACCCCGAAGACUGCCAACAUCGGAAUUGGAACUGUUACGGUGGGAUCGCAGAUCGACAGCCCCGACGAGAAGGGUUCCAUAAUAUCGCCGAAGAAGUCGCAGAAGCAGAGCCAGGACUCCUCCACGCAGCAGAACGGCCCCGAGUUGUUGAAGUCGGAGGGCACUCAGGCCGGCGGCACCCUGCAGAGUAAAUCGCUGCGCAAGGAGCAGCUGCACCAUACCAAGUCGGCCGACUACACCGAGCUGGAGAUGCAGAACGGCAAUCUCUUCAACAUCGUCAACAACAAUCACGGCCACAAGUCGAAGAGCAAGAGCACCGACGACAUGCGGAUCGAGAAUGCGCAGAACGGCAUCAGCCUGGACUCGAACACUCUGAAGCGCAUGCUGAAGCCGAUGCCGAGCAUCGACAGCCCGGUCACGUCCCCGGAAAUGACGAGGAAGCGCCACAGUCAUCACAGCUACCACUAUCAUCCGAGCAAUAACAAUCAGAAGUACGUUAUGCAGGAGGUUGACAACGAGAACUACGCGCAUCCCUAUCGCGCGCCCUACAACAACAAAUUCCAGGGGUCCAGAAGCGCUCACGACAUGAGUCGGCAAUAUGCUGCGGACCACCGCACGAAUCACCACGUCCAUCGUACAUCCUGCACUCUCGGUUGCACCUCUCUGCUCGCAGGCGGCAGAGGCAGGACGUACUUAGAUUCGGAACGUAAUCGGUGCACAGGUGACAUGUCGCCGCCCUCGGACAAUGUCAUUUUCGAUAACCAGUGCUACGCCACCACGCCGAGCUCGUCGAACGGCAACUCCGACAUGGAGCAGCCGAACCACUGCAACUCCCGUCGCUGCAACGGCGGCCAGACAUAUCAGCAGAAUAUGCAAUCGGUGUCGACGCCGGGUAGCCCGACCAGCCGGCUGCUUCUCGAAUACGAGAUGCAUCUCAGGAACACCCUGGCCAAGGGCAUGGACGCAGAGAGCUAUAGCUUGCGUACGUUUGAAGCCCUACUUUCGCAGAGCAUGGAAAACUUGGAAUUCGCAGAAAACAUACCGUUGAACGUUCAGCGUACACCUCACGUUUCACGAAGGCGUUCCAGUUCCAACAAAUCAUCAACUCUGCCGCUGUCGUAUCGCUACUGCAAUGAAAGGCAAAAUAGCAAGGAUAGAGACGGCUAUUAUAGCGACCGCAACGAGAUGGUGAGAGAGAAGAGAGAGCGAGAUUCUGAACGAGAUCGCGGCUACCUCAGCGAUUAUAAUUCUAGAUGCGCCAGCUGCAUCGGGGAGUCCGCGCGUGCACAAUGGUUUCGACAUUCCGACGGCUGGCAAUCCGGCAGCUCGACUCUUGGUUCAGGCGCUUCGAGCUCGAUAAAUCCGGGAUAUCCUGGACACAAGAGAGAGUCGCCUUGGGACUCUCUCCCGUCUCUGAGACACGAGAGCAGCCUCAACGACAGCGGUUACAAGUCCAAUAGGACUGAUUCUCUCGAACAAAGAUGUUUUGCAUAUUCCAGAGGCACUUUCGACAGGCAGGACAGCGUCAGAUCCGACUACAUGUCCGAUCGGGACGGCAGAUACGGAAUCGUUCAACAAGCCUCACUGGAAAGCACCGACUCGAGGCUUUGCUACUUGACGUCUUCCGAGAUGUCAGACGACGAUAGGAUGUCACUCACCACCGCCGUCAGCGAUGAUGACGACGGCGAGAGUGUCAUAAAUUCGCCCUAUCGUGGAAAGCAAACCGGCACAGCCGCAGCUUCGUUCAAUUGCACCGGGGCAGUUCGGAAGGCGGGAUUCCUCAGCGUGAAGAAAUGGUUGCUGCGCAAGAAGCAUCAGAUCGAGCUGGCCAGGAAAAGGGGUUGGAAGGGUUAUUGGGUUUGCCUCAAGGGUACUACGCUUCUCUUUUACCCUUGCGAUUCCCAGGAGAGCAGAGCUAUGGAGGCGGCACCUAAACACCUGAUUAUCGUUGACGGCGCGAUUAUGCAGCCGAUCCCUGAACACCCAAAGAGGGAUUACAUAUUUUGCCUCAGCACCGCGUUUGGCGACGCAUAUCUAUUCCAAGCUCCGUGUCAAGUGGAACUGGAAAACUGGGUGAACAGUAUUCAUUCGGCGUGCGCCGCCGCGUUCGCGCGUCAUCGCGGCAAGACUGGCACGCUGCAUUUGCUGCAGGAGGAGAUCUUUCGCCUGGAAAAGUCGAUCGAAUCGGAUCAUAAAAUGAAGCAUAUGGCGGAUCUUCAGCAAUCGGUGGUCUCCGACGUCGACACCAAGCAGCAAAUUAACAAUCAAAUAGUGCAGUGGGAGGAGAAUCUGGAGCGGUUCCAUUGCGAGCAAUUCCGCCUGCGGUGCUACAUGGCCAGUUUGCAAAGUGGCGAACUGCCCAAUCCGAAGAGUCUAUUGACGCAUGUGUCUCGCGCCACGAAGCAGACGCUGAAUAAAUUGGGCGUAUUCACAGUAUCGUCCUUCCACGCGUUUAUUUGCGCGCGUAGUCCAUCCUUGUUGAACAAUUUGCUGGCGGGUCGCGGCGCGACCAAGAGGAGAGCGCCGCUGCUGUCGAGAUCGAACAGCGGCUCCAGCAGACGCUCGCUGCAAAUCUCGUCUAGGGACGAGGAGAAGAGCGUGAAGGUGUCCGUGCCGGAAAAUCAGGUACGAUCGUCAGGACAUCGGCUCGUGUCGGUGUUCCUGCGCGACGCCAUGACUGUCGAGGAGUUCCUGGCGAGCGCGUGCACCAGGAAAAACUUAAAUCCGAUGGAGCACUUUGUGCGCGUGAAAAAGCGCCGAGAUAUGGAGGACCACAACUACUUUGUGCCACAUAGAACUGAUUUGAUAGAAACCUAUUUGCAUACGCACGAAAUCGUGGAAGUCUGUGCCAAGAUUUUAUAUCAAGUGGAAUUGCAAAGAAACACUUUAGAGCAAAUGUGGGGCUUUUCUGUCGAAGCGGAGCUUGUAGAAAACUCCGACAGGCAGGAUGAGCUCUGCUGCUAUGUUAGUAGAGUGGAAGACAAGAGCGUCGCCAUGCAAAACGGGAUCAUUAAAGGCGACGAGAUUAUGGUGAUCAACGGCGCCAUCGUGAGCGACCUGGAUAUGAUGUACUUGGAGAGUGUCCUGCAAGAGGAGGUGGGUCUCUGUAUGAUGAUGCGAUCCUCCAGAACGGAGCCGCCAGAUCUCACGGGUAUUAUGCGAGUCACCGAUGACAUAAUCGAGAGCCUAGUCUGUCCGCCACCCCCCUCCGAUCCGCCGGUUAUCAGCGAGGAGAUGAUUUCCGGUCUGAUUGUGCCGGCGCCCGGAUGGAGCAAAGAGAACAUAAUGCAGGAGUGCACCUCGGCCGGUCACAUGGAGAGCAGCAAGCAGACCUCGCGCACAAACUCCUUCGAGAUUGAGAAUCUUUUGAAAACUGCCGAACAAGUGACAGGGAUCUGCCGCUCGCCGGGCGAAACCAGGAAGUCGAGCCCCACCGGUAGCGUCGUGAGCUCCCACUCACAGGCGCUCACACCGAGCCGGCAGCUUAGCGACGCUGAGAAGCUGAAGAAAGUGAUUUUAGAACUGAUUGAGACUGAACGGACUUACGUAAAGAAUUUAAAUAAUUUGCUGGAGAACUAUUUGGAACCCCUUAAACGCGAGACCUUUCUGUCAAACGCGGAGAUCAACGCGCUGUUUGGUAAUAUUCAGGAGAUCGUCACGUUUCAACGACAGUUCCUGCAGAAUCUCGAACACUCCAUCGAGUUGGAGGCCGACUUUAACAACUUUGAUCAUCCGAGUCAAUUUAAGGGAGUCCUGUUUUCCAUUGGAAGUGCCUUCUUAUAUUACGUAAAUCACUUCAAGCUAUACAGCUCGUUUUGCGCCAGUCACUCAAAGGCUCAGAAAGUUUUACAUCCAAACGAGGGAAAUCAAGCUUUACAAGAGUUCCUGCAAGCGAGAAAUCCCCGGCAGCAACACUCGUCGACUUUAGAAUCGUACUUGAUAAAACCUAUACAAAGAAUACUGAAAUAUCCGCUGCUGCUGCAGCAGCUUAGGAACCUCACCGAUGAACGAAGCGAAGAACACCAACACUUAAUCGAGGCGCUCAAAGGCAUGGAGAAGGUGGCGGAGCACAUAAACGAGAUGCAGAGAAUUCACGAAGAGUACGGUGCUAUUUUCGACCACUUGUUCAGGCAACACCAAAAAUCCUGCAAGCAGCCGAUCGAUUUAAGUCCAGGCGAUCUUUUGUACUACGGCGGUGUCGAGUGGCUCAAUAUUUCCGAUUUCCUCGGCAAGAUAAAGAAAGGUCUCGAGCUGCACGCGAUGUGCUUUGUGUUUAAAUCGGCCGUCGUGUUCCUGUGCAAGGAAAGAUUGAGACAGAAAAAGAAGCUUAUGGGAGUUUCGACGAAAGCGAACUCCAGCGAGGUCGAAAUCAUUCGUUAUCAAGUGCUGAUUCCGGUGACGGAAGUCCAGGUCAGAGCCAGCUCCGCCAAAGAUAUGGAAUCUCACUUCCUGUGGGAACUGAUUCAUCUAAGAAGUCAAUUACAGAGGAGAUCGGAGAAAGUAUACGUGCUCUCCAACAGUACGACAGAAUUUCGAAACGCGUUCCUGAAAACGAUCCGGCAGAUCAUCCGCGAAUCGGUGAGGAACAUGAGCAUACCUUCGACAAAGCAGAAUUUAAGCCAAGCACCGAUGUCGAUGGCGCCGCGCAUGUCGACCGGACACGUCGAGAAGUUCGACAAGCAGCAAAUUAUUCAGGCUCAAAACGGAAACGUGACGCUGUCGAAGAAAGCGAUGAAGCAGCAACUGCUGGCGAGCUCGCACAAGCGCAAAUACAGCCAGUCGAAGCAGCCGGUGGAGCAUGAGAGCUCGGAGGACAAGGACCAGGAGGACGCGCCAGUCGCCCCGCAGCAGACUACAUUUCGCUCCAGAAGCAAAACCAUAAGCGACACUUCCGGCGAGGUAAAAGUUGAAAUGGACUCAGGCACAAAGUCGGAAGGUGAAGAAGACUCGCAGGCUUUUUUAGGCGAGAAGAAGACGAAUCUCGGCCGGACACCUAAUCAUCUGACGUUAAGCACCACAUCGACCAUCUCGGCGGGAAGCACUGGCAGCCAGGCUAGAUUGAUCCAGUCUUCCCAUCAACCCGAGAACUAUCAGCCGAUUACCGUCAAGGAACUUGGUUCGCCGAUCUGGAAACCACGGGAGCUACCCUCCCUGGGGGAGGCAACCACGUUGCCGCGCAAGGGUAAGUCCGCCGGCGAGUUCGCGGACAUGAGCUCGAGCCACAGCGCCUCCCGAAAGUCUCUGAUAGAAAUCAACAAUUGUGCUCAACAACCUAACUUUAAUAAUCACGUUUAAGUUGAAUAAUAUCGAGGCUGACUCGCUAACGAGAGAUAAUAUCGUUAAGUUCCACACCAUCGCCAUUCAAACACAACCAGACACCAUCAUCCACCACCAAGCGUAAAUACACAGAGAUAAUUGUCCGAUUGAUAAUCCGAUUAAAUGCGAUACCAAGAGGCGCGAGAGAGACGCGCGUCCGCCGCCCACGCGGAAAUUCGCGAAGGCUGCACUUUCUCCCUCCGCUCUCUUCCUCGUUUCGUCUUCCAGCAGGUGUCGCGCUGUGUCUGUGGCGUGCGUGCGUGCGUGCGUGCGUGCAUGCGUGCGUGCGUACGUGUGUGCUUGUGUGAGAGCCAGCGAAAUACUCGAUCGGACCUUCCACUUCGUUCCGGAAAAUCCGAAAAUCCUUUUUCUUCCGUGAAUAAACUUAUAUUUUCUUGACGAUAGGUGCAUAUAUAUUCGAACAGUUAGAAGAAGAAUACCACUUAAAAUUAAGAUAAGGAACAUCAUCGCAGACUUAUGGUUGAUAAUUUCCAUUUUGACAAUCGUAACGCGGAUAAUCGCGAAGAAGUGAAAGGCCGAAGCGAUGCCAAGCAGAUCGCUGGCUCCGCGACGAAUAGUUUAAUUGGCGAAUCGCUGAUGAAUAGUGUCGAUCGUUGUGUCGACAGCGGAAGACUCAUCGGGACGAUCGAGACAUCCGUUAACAAGUACCGGCAAGCUCGCUUGUUUCAAACGCACAUUCUACGCUUCCUUUCCUCUCUCGGUUAAUUAAGUUUAAAUACGGAUAUAAGAAAGCGCAGUCGGAUGCACUUAUUAGCUCGAAUAAUUGAAUUUUUUAUCUACCAUUUGCGAUUUGAGUGCAAUUUUAAAUACUUUUCGUAACAAACUUUCAAAUGUACAUCUCAAACUGAAUGAAACGUGAAUUAUUCAAAUAAGUAUACGGUGUCCAUUUACAUCCUCAAAGUUUAAUUUGAAGUAUUAAGGAAUACCACUUAUUUCAAAUUGACCAAAGAAACUCUCAUAAAAAAACAAAUCAUAAAAAAAAAAAACAAUUAGACGAAAUAGAUUAAUUAACGCUGGCGAUGCGAUGACAAUGUUUGGAAGCUCGUUUUAAGAAAGAUGCGACAAAUUAUUGUCGAAAUAAUUUUUUCUUUGAUUCCGUCGAAUAGUGAUAUAAAUUUGACGUCGAUCGAUUUACGGAACGCGUUACGUUUUUAUUUUCGAGAGUCGACUUCCGCGUGGAUGGCGGCGCGAAAUCUUCACAGAUAAUCGACUCUGUAUAUAAUGUAAUAAUGAUAUUAUCGUCACUAUUUGAUUACCGCCGAUCGCGAACGAGCGCUCGCGCGUAGCGCGCUCCUCACAUUAUUUCUCAUCGUUCUAUACGCUCCCCCCAAUUUUUUAAUUAUAUUAUAUAAAAUCGUCGGGAUGCCGCACAUCACGCCAUUGAUGAUGACGUCGGAUGACGCGAGGGCAACUCGACAGAGACGAAGACUUAGGACCUGCAAAAAAAAAAA